AUCGAACCUGUUGCCCUAUUCGCACGAAUACUAUGACAGUUUGAUGAAGAAGUUUUCAAAUUGACAUUAUGCAAAGGUGCAUUUUUCUUUGAAGGAGGGAACUUGUAACAAAUAAUGUAAACAACCACCAAAAGGUUAGAUAUUACCUAGUGAAACUCAGGAUGACAGAAGACAUAAAAGUUACCUUCAUUAUUCCGAGAAAUUGUCGGACAGAAAAUGAUUGUUCGGAGGAGAUGCAGCUUGCAUUUACCGCCUGUGAACAACACAGCGGGGGUGGUCUUAAGGCCCAGUUUGUUCACGAGAGCAAGUACAACAAGUUUGACGGUCUCACCAAGAAGGAUGUGUUUGUUUUGGACAAAUUUGAUGGAGAACUUUAUGAAAAACUGAGAAGCACUAAGUGCUUAUUAGUGGGCCCUCGAUGUUUGUCCUGCUGUUUGAUGGAAGGAAUGCCGAUACCAUCCGGACCUGAACCAGUGUUCACUGUCGCCAUGAGGGGCCUCGUGGUUACCGCUAGUGGCAUGUCAAAACAACAAAAGGAUGCAUUAAGUAAGAAAGUCCACUGGAUGGGUGGAAUUUAUAACACAGUGUUAACAGAAGAUACAACACAUCUCGUUUCCAAUACUGUAUUGUCUGAUAAGUAUAUUAAAUCAAUCGAAAAAGGCAUACCGGUGAUGAGCGAAUCAUGGGUGCCAGCUGUUUGGGAAGCUUCCUUGACUGUCAACGUCCGAGGCUCGUCGUCAGAGUUCGACAGCUACAAACUACCGCCGUUCGCCAACCUCCAAGUGACCACGUCCGGUAUAACGAGGAAAGAUAAACAGAUGAUAAUGAAGCUUGUGAACGAGUGUGGCGGGACGUUUUCUGGUGCGUUCCAGAGUGAAGUCACCGAUAUUGUCAUAUUGACAAAAGAAGGCAUAGGCAGUGAGAAGUACAAAGCUGCGGUAGAGUACGGCAAGGCGUGUGUGGUUCCCGCUUGGAUUAAAGAUUCAGCUGCGAAAGGUGUAGCGCUGCCGCUUGCAAAAUAUAGAGUCGCUGGCGCUUCCACGUCGUCGCCUUUAGCUGAGCAUAGACUUCCUGAUCUAAGCUUGAACUUCUCCCGAAUAACCAAUCUGAGACCGCCCAGCAAUUUCGUGGACGAAUCCAGGGCGGUGGACGUGUCGACGUCAUCUGGAAAGAUGAAGUUAUCACAAGACUCGAAGAGAUCAAACGAUUCGUCGAUAAUUGACAAAGAAUUACAAAGCGCAUUUGAGAACUUCGACAUGAGUGUCAUCAAAAAGGCUGGACCUAUUUUUGAUGGAUUCUGUAUUUGGGUGACAGGUCUAGAAGGAAUUUGCCGCGAACGAGCCGCAGCGAUGGUUUCCCGAUGCGGCGGCGUCCGAUACGAUUGUCCCCACGAGAGAGUUACCCAUGCGGUGGCUGGUACAAAGGCAGCUGCUUCUAACGUGGGUGUGGCGUGCCCUAAUAUACCCGUUUUGACCCCACUGUGGCUGCUGAAGAGUGUUGUUGAAGGACGAGCAUUGGAAGAAGUAGAGUUCGUAAUAGACGCGAAGCCGGCCACCCCACUGAAGUCCGGCCGCAAGCCGGACAUCGAGCCCUCGUCCCCGAUGAGCAAGCGCAACAUACAGCUGCUGCGCCGCGUCGCGCUCCGCCUGCCGCCGCCGCCGCCCGCGCCUCAGCUGCCGGAGCCGCAGAACGAUGACAUUGUCAACCAUUACCUUAGUCAAGUCAUGGAACCGGAACCAAUAAGAGAGAAGACUCCAGAACGCCCCGCGCCAAUCACAACGUUACAACAGCAAGAUGUCACUGAAGUGGAUGAACCUACUGACGAAGUAGAACAGAUAUUCGCUGGCAUAAAAAUAGAAGUGCAAGGUCUCGACGAGGAAGCGAUAAUGGAGAUCGGUGCAGAAAUAGCCGCGGCCGGGGGCGUGCUACUAGCUAGCGGCGGUAGGGGCUCGCAUGUGUUGGUGCCUUUGGACUUCGACGGCGAGUCGGUAGAUGGCGCUGAAGCGGUCACAGUUUUCUGGGUGAAAGACUGCCUGUCCCAACAAGAGUUACUACCAAUACAGUACUACCACCGGCCUGUGAAGUUGCCGCAAUGGAGCUCGGGUUCAACUCUGCCGCUAGAGGGCGUUGUCGCCAGUUUGAGCACCUACAGCGGCGUGGAGAGGGCGUUCCUUGACGAGUUGGCUAAAUUGCUCGGUGCUACAACGCAACUCCGUUUCUGUCGCCGCAACACGGCCAAUGCGCAAGCGUCGACACACCUGAUAUGUCCCACCCCCACGGGGGAUAAGUACCUUGGGGCUGUGAAAUGGGGGCUGCCCGCUGUGAAGGCCAGCUGGCUGUUGGCGUGUGCGCAGGACGGCAGACGUGUGAGCGAGAGGGAGCAUUUGGUUGGGGACACGAAGGCACCACCGUCCCCAGAGGAGCCCCCAGAAGUUCCAGAACAUAUCCCCGAAGACCGACAAGCGAACAUACAGACAGACAAAGAGAACGCGAUGCUUCCGCCGGCCCCUAGUGCUGUGCCGAGGCGCGGCUCCGUUCCGGGAAGUCGGGAGCAGACGCCGAAAAACAAAGGUGGCUUAGCGGUGGACGAUAUGUCGCCAGCGUCACGAUAUAUCGCUAUGGCGAGACAAGGGCUCCUCGGCGGAGAUUCCCAGGAGACACCGAAAACAAAAAGAGUGCUGGGUUUGAACGAUGAUGACAGACCAGAUGGUGAAGUACGAACGCCGCCAUUGGACGAUGCAUUAUCGACACCCAAUCUCCGAGGACUCAGUCCAACAACUAGAAGAAGGUUGCAAGCGGUGAAACGCGGGGAAAUGCCGUCAGACCCUAUACGAACACCUGUAGAUCCUUUCGAGAAAAACCCAGACACACCGGACAGCGCAUUCGGCGCAGCAUUGAGACCGGGCUCUGGUCGUCUGUCUCCCGAUUCGCGGAAACGAUUGUGGAAGGUCGUUCAGGAUCUACCAUCCAAGGAAUGCCUUCCACUCAAGGAGAAACAUACGCCACUAUCGGAGAUCCGCAACAGAUUCUUAGCGCAAUUCAAUGGUGACGCCCCAACCCCGCCAUCUGAACAUACGUUGGCGCCGAGAAAGCUACAUUUAGAGGACCAAGCAGACACGCCGCCGGCUAAAAUCGCGAAAACAUCAAUACAUCAAAGCGCAAGCGGCGGUAUAACAACAAGCGACAUAGACGAAACAGCAAGAAACCCUACAAAUUCAACAAAAUCAAGCAUUUCGUCCGCUUCAAGCGUUUUGCCCGCUGUAGACGCGCAGCUGCAACGCUUGAGCGCAGCGCUGAGUUCGCGUCUGAGUUCACAACGCGUUCGCAGAUCAGUUCAGAGGGAUUCUAUUACCAUUGCACCGUCCACUACUACAGCCGCAGAACAAGAGGCCGGUCCAGAAUCCCAGCCCAACACGGUGGGGUGGGACGACACCACUCCCCACCCACCCGGGGCCGUCACCGAACCUACCCCAGCCACCAAACGGUUUAUGCUGUCUUCUAAUGUCGAUAAUCGCGAAGAGAUAAUAGAAAUGAUCCAAUAUCUCGGCGGGGAAGUGUGCGACGGUGCGGAACUGGACCCCGAAGCUACCCACCUGCUGUGCGCAGCCCCGGGCAGGUCGGAGAAGAUGCUGGGCUCAGUGGCCGCGGGCCGCUGGGUGCUGCACCCCGCUUAUAUACCGCGAAGUCGUGUUAACGGCAGAUUUGUGACGGAGGAAGAAUACGAAUGGGGCAAUCCACUCGCGACUUGCCUGCCGUCGCUCACGGGAGCUGAACACAUACUGGCUCGAGCUGCGUAUCGCUGGCGAUCGAACAGAGCUAGCGGCCGGCCCGGGCCUUUCACUGGAGUGGUGGCCUUAUUGCACGUGCCGCCGGCUAGGAAGAGACUGCUGCAGAGGCUAGUGAUUGCUGGCGAUGGACAAGCGCCGGAUUUGGAACCGCCAUACAACGACGAAUCGAUAACGGUAUGCUUCGCGGACGUCAAACGUUACCCUCUGUCGUCACGUGACGCCUCAUGGCUGGCGUCCCACAGGGUUCCAGUGUGUGCGCCGGUGUUGCUCAGCUCUUACCUCACUGACGACACGCCGCCGCGGCCGAUAGACCACUGUCUACCCGACUACAGGCCUAAAUGACUCAUACAAACAUGAAAUAUUAUCGACUUUUCUCUUUAGCCAAAAUUUGUCAAACUACCCGCUAUUGCUGGCGUCCUUUAGCAUGUCAGUGUAACCGCUAGACCGCUGUUUACCCGACUACAGGCGUAAAUAACCUCACUUGUGAAAUAUACAAAUAUUAUGCAAUACUAGCUGCGCCCCGGGGCUUCGCUCCCGUGGGAAUUUUGAGAUAAAAAGUACCCUAUAUAUUAUUCCAGGUUGCUUUUUUUGCUGUUGAUGAUGAUGAUAAUGAAUAUGCUGUUAACUGUACAAGCUGUAACUGUAAUUUCUGUUUUAUGUGUUUUACUGAUCAUUACUUCAUAUUAUUCAAUGAAGACAACAUUUAAAAAAAAUCAAUUGCCUUGCACUAAUAUGUAGUUAAUUCCAAAAAUACAACGAAAAUCUACACAAAAAGACGUUUAACGAUAACAUUUUUAGCGUUGACUGACAUUUGUAUGUGUUAUUGAGACGAUAACUAUUAUUGUAUAUAACGUACUUGUAACUAGAAUUAUUUAAGGCUGAUUAAAUAAAACUAUUUUACAUAA